AUGAGUCGUCCUGGGAAGUGGCUAUCCUCCUAUAAGCAGGACCGCUGGAACCCACCUCCACUUGAGGGAGAAUGUGUCGAAUGUGUCGAUCUCGACCUCGAUCUCGAUCCCGCAUUCUAUACUUGUGAUUUGUGUGUUCCAGUGUUUGACGCCAUGGGCAAGCCGGCCGGCGGGAUCACCAAGGGCAACCUGUACUUCCUGGGCGAGUACGAACUGUGUAUGUCCACUCACGCGCACGUGCCAGCAGGAAUCAUCAUCGGAAACAAGACUCGCGAGGUCUCGCGAGAUUUCGACACCAAGUUCUGCAGGGCAGCGUUCAACCUCCCAGACUCUGUAGUCAACGCAGUUACUGGUGGUCUGGAUACACGUGGUGUUCAAAUACGGGUCAAUUGGGGCUUGUGUUUGCCGUCGUCGUGUAGCAGCCAUGACGUCCCCGGCCUCCUGUCUCUAGGACCUCUGGCCCAGCUGAAUCUCAGUGCACACGUAUAUAAAGUGUUCUGCGUUGAAGACCACCACAUGGCUGAUGACGGAUCCGCUCUCGCUACUGCAAUUAUUCUUGGACUUUUCGUUGUCGUCGCCAUUUUUUCCACGGCUGUCCACAGCGUUUCCGUAUGGUUUCGGGCAAACUGCAAGCCGGAGGAUUCCGAAGACAUUGCCGGUACUUACGAACUGGAAGGAGCAGUCAAUAAAGGAUUCGUCUCUGACGAGAAGACUACGGUGAUGGACGGAGAUCAGCGAACAGUGGCGGAAAACGGCGAUGUGCAGACAUCGGUAGUUUCCGAUCUUCCUCCGGGCUACAUGGAACACAAAAACGACAAGGGCUUACCGGAACACGUUUACACCCCGCUGGCUAAACCAGAGGUCAUUUCCGUGACAUUGCCGAAUGGAGGUCAAAAUGUCCCCGCCUUUGUGAAAAGCGAAUCUCCUCGGCGACCUCCCCCGCCUUCAGUGGUCGAACAGCUAAUGAAAGCGUUCUCGUUGUACAACAACGUACCGAAGCUGGUGAACUGUAAAAAGUCACCGUCUGCCAUCCACUGCAUCCACGGCAUUCGCUUCUUCAGCAUCAUGUGGAUCAUCCUCGGGCACACCUAUAACUACGGCAUCAUUUCCGUCAAAGACAACCCAACAACAGCGAACCUGGUGGAGGCUGACAACGUGAUAAAGGAACUGAGUUUCCAGGUGGUCCAGGCCGGAGAUUACUCCGUGGACACGUUCUUCAUGAUCAGCGGAAUGCUGGUCACGUGGCUCACCCUGAAGGAUCUCGCUAAGAAGAAGUUGUCUGCUGGUUACCUGGCGCAGUUCGUCUUCCACAGGUUCUGGAGACUGACCCCCAUCUACAUGUUUGUGCUGGCUGGGUUUGGCUGCCUCUACACGUAUUUGGGAUCUGGCCCACUGUGGCCCGAAGCUAUCAAGGCUGCGGAUAUGUGCAAAGAAAACUGGUGGACAAACCUGUUGUAUGUGAACAACCUCGUCAGAGUGGAUGAUAUGUGUAUGGGUUGGUCGUGGUACUUAUCCAAUGACAUGCAGUUCUACCUGAUAUCUCCACUGUUGAUCAUACCCAUGUACUUUUACGCUCCAAUUGGACUUAGUCUGACGGUUCUCCUCAUGUUUGGCGGAAUUGCGUCAGCCUUCUACAAAGAAUACAUAUACGGCGGAGAUCUCUUCCAAAAGAAGGACAAACACUACUGGAAUGAGGUGUACGUAGCGCCAUGGUGUCGUGUCUCGGCCUGGUGUGUCGGCAUGAUCCUCGGCUACAUCAUGUACAAGUACAAGAAAUCUAAACUUAGACAGAUCCCUGCGCUGAUUGGCUGGAUCCUGGCAAUCGGAUGUGGUCUGACUUUAUCCUACAUCACGUACGACUACCGUAAAGAUGGCGCGCACGAGUGGCCGCGCACUGCCCUGGCGUUCAAGGAGGCAUUCGGGAGACCGAUCUGGGCGAUCUGUGUCGCCUGGGUGGUGUACGCCUGUCACAAGGGCAGAGGGGCCGUGAUUAACUCGAUCCUGUCGUUCGGCGGCCUCAUCCCGCUGUCGAGACUGACGUACGCCGCCUACCUCGUCCACCCCAUCAUGAUGAUCAUCUACGUCUACAGCAAGAGGACCCUCGUCUACAUCGACAACUUCGACAUCGCUUACCUGUACAUGGGACACGUGUGUACAACUUACAUGGCGGCGUUCGGUCUGUCCAUGAUCUUCGAAUCCCCGUUUCUCACUCUUGAAAAGAUCAUGUUCCAAAGAGGUGGCCACAAAGACUAG